AUGCAGAGUGACUGUAAAACACAAAUAAUUGAUUAUGAUGGGAAUAUAAUAGAAGACCUAAAAGAAUGGAUGAUUAGAAACAAUUUAUCAAAUUUAGGUUUUAAUUACAACGUAAUAGCAAUAUUAGGCAGUCAGAGUAGUGGUAAGAGUACUUUACUAAACAAUUUAUUUAAAACUUCUUUUGAUGUAAUGAAUACGAAACUUGGACAUAGCCAAACGACACAAGGAUUAUGGUUAAGUUACGAUACAUUUGAAGAUAACUUGAAUGGUCCAAAUGGGAAAGUAGAAAAUGAAAAUAAUCAGAAUGUUACAAUAAGCAAUGGUGUGAAAAUAAAAGGAAAAGGGAACAGUAUAAGUCCAACCUUAAUACUAGAUGUCGAAGGAAAUGAUUCAAAAGAGAGAGGAGAUAAUAGAUUAACAUUUGAACAUAGGUCUGCUUUGUUUUCUCUUGCUUUAGCAGACUGUGUUAUUGUAAAUUUAUGGUAUCAUUCUUUAGGUAAUUUUACUGCAUCUAAUUAUGGAUUGUUAAAAACUGUUAUGGAAGUAAAUUUAGAGUUAUUUCAACAAGAUAAAAAUAGUCCCAAAACGAUAUUAUUAUUUACUGUGAGGGAUUGGUUUGAAGAGUUUGCAUCUAUAGAUAUUGUAAAAAAUAAAAUUGUAGAAGAAUAUUUAAAUAAAAUAUGGAAUGAAAUGAAAAAACCUCCAGAUUCGGAGCAUAUUAAUAUUAACAAUUAUUUUAUUAUUGAAGUAGUAGGUUUAUCACAUGGUAUAAUAAAGAAAGAAGAAUUUUUAAAAGAUGUUCAAAAUUUAAGAUUAAAAUGGAUGUAUGAAUUAAGACCUCCACAAUAUUCAAGAAAUAUACCAUCAGAUGGUUUUGCUCAAUACUGUAAUAAUAUAUGGAAUACUAUAGUUAAACAGUCUCAACUAGACAUUCCUUCUCAAAAGGAAAUGUUAGCUACAUUUAGGUGUCAGGAAAUUAAAAAUAAUGUUAUUAAUAAUAUAAACAAAACCUUAAAACAAAAGUUGGAAACCUCACAUAAUAUGCCUAUAGAUAAUUUCAAACAGUGGGCUGAAAAAGAUAUUAUACAAAAAAGUUUAAGCGAAUACUUGACUGAAGCUUCUAGGUAUAAAGAAAGUAUAUGUAUAAAAACAUCCAAAGAAUUGUUAGAUUAUUUAUUUAUACAAUUACAGAAAAUUGUAGAUAAUAAUUUAAAUUUUACUCAAAGGGAAUUGUCAACUAAAUUUUCCAACGAUUUGAAUCAUCUAUAUAAUGCUUGUUCAGUGGAUAAGGCCAUUUUUUCACUCAGUAAGGAAUCGAAUUUGAAUAUAGGAAAGGAUAAAAUCCAUAAUUUACAAACGAUGGAGGGGGGUGAAAAAGGUAGUCAAGAUAAGUGCAUUAUUUUGUGGUCCAACUUUUUGCACAACGCAGAUAAAAUGGAGUAUAAUAUUUUAUGCCAAUUUUUUGAAGAGUACGAAAAGUGCAAUAUCGAGGUUGAUGGCGGUACUAGCGGUGGUGAUAAUACUAUUGAUAAUGUUAACAUUAAUAUUAGUAGUAACUAUGGUGAUAACAAUAGUAAUAACGAUAGUAGUAAUAAUAUCAGAAGUGGUAGUAGCAAAGUGUAUGAAUUUAAUUAUAAGCCAUCUCUAAGCAUAUUAUCAACUGCCAUAUGUAAGGAUGUACAUAGAAUUAGAAACGUCCAAUGUUCUGUUUUAUUAGAUAGAACAAGGGCUACAAUUAAAGGUAGGUUAAAGAAUAUGGAUACCUUAUUGCAGACAACUAAAAAUGCUGAAGAUUAUUGGGAACAUACUUUGAAAACUGUUAAAAAUUUACAGGAAAGUAUUAAUACAAAUUUAACCAAGUGCUUUAUAAAUCUUAGGGUUAGUAACAACAAUGCCCUUUUAAAAAGUUAUUUCUAUCAGGGGGAUAUGGACGAUGAGGGAAUCGGGGUGGUAUAUGGCGAAGUGGAUGAAGGAGACAAGUUUAAUUACGCUCAAAAUAAACAGAAAAAAAAUUAUACAGAUGAUAGUAACAGUAAUCGUAGCAACAAUAAUCAUAACAACAGUAAUAGGAGUAACGCCUGUUAUGGGGACAAGAAUCAAUUUAACGCUAAAAAAAUAGGCAUAAUUAAAAAUAAGGAAAAAUACAUUAGCUCAAUUAAUGACGAAAUUAACAAACAAAUGGAAAACAAAAAUUUUGUUUCUGAAUUGAACAAGUAUUAUUUAGAUGAAAUUAUGGAUAUAUUAAAAAGCAAAUUAGAAGAAAUAUCAGAAAAUUUAUCAACAAUUAUUAUACAAAGAUUUGAAUCAGUUUUUAAUUAUGAUGAUGCUGAACAACCAAGACAGUGGAGAGAUAUUUCUGCUGCUGAAUUAAAGAAAAUUUUUAGAGAGUCCAAAAAUUUUGCUUUUUUAAUUAUUGAUAUUCUUCAAAAGAAUACUAAAGUAGAAUUAAUUGAUGAUUAUUUACCAAAUAAUUUUAUAAAAGAUGAAAUUAUUCAAAAGGGUGAAAAUAAAGCAAAAAGAAAAAUACAAGAAAUAUGUAGAGAUGCACAAUAUAUACAAGAAACAGGAGCUAAAAUGAGCUUAAAGAAUGUCCCCCUUCUUUUUUGGGCUAUUCUGUUAGUACUAGGAUGGAAUGAACUGUUAUUAUUUAUUCGUGUAUUUUUUAAAUUAAAUAUCAUUCUCCCUUUCCUUCUCACAUUUAUAGUAGUUUUUUGUUCUCUUGUUUAUAAUGGUAAUGUCAGCGCCCUUUCCACUGUUAACAAAGUCUUUUUUUAUUUUGCAAAAAAUUCGUACAAUUUUUAUAAGCAUAUACAAACGAUUGGCGACAAAGCUACCAAGGCGGACAUGUCUGACUGA